AUGGGGCUGUACGACGCGGUGGCAGGCAUGGCGGUGCGCCUUCUGGAUAUCAUCAGCACGUACCUGCAGGUCCCCUUCUUUCGAGUCAAUUUCCUCGACUUAACCGUUGACGGCCAUUUGAUCCUGGAGACCAUUCUGCUGGUGGCCAUCAUCGUCCUCAUGUCGCAGAAGAGUUACAAACCAGACAAGCGAUCGCUCACUGAAACGGAGAUCGACCACCUGUGUGAGGAGUGGGUACCUGAGCCGCUGCACCCGCCCGCUCCCCCUCAAGCCCUCGCCCGCCAUGUGCCCGUGCUCGACAAGGCGGGAGAGCCAUGGACGGUGGCGGACGGGCGCAAGAUGCUGAAUCUGGCGUCCAUGAACUUCCUGGGGCUCAUAGGCAACACGCAUGUGCAGGAGGCGGCCACAGCAGCGCUGCACAAGUACGGGGUGGGCUCUUGUGGCCCGCGUGGUUUCUACGGCACGAUAGACGUGCAUCUGGAUCUGGAGGAGCGCAUAGCAGCGUUCAUGGGUGUGGAGGGGUGUAUCCUCUACUCCUAUGGCCUCGCCACCGUCGCUUCCACCAUCCCCGCCUUCUGCAAGCGCGGGGACCUCAUCAUCGCUGACGAGGGCGUGGGGUGGGCGAUGCAGAACGGCAUGACGUUGGCGCGCAGCACGGUGCGCUACUUCCGCCACAACGACAUGAACCACCUGGAGCAGCUGCUGCAGCACCACGCCGCCGCCGACCGCAAGAGCAACAAGACCGACAUCCGCCGCUUCAUUGCUGUUGAAGCCCUCUACCAGUGCUCGGGGGAGCUGCUGCCCUUACCAGAGCUGGUGCGGCUGAAGGAGAAGUACAAGUUCCGCAUCAUCGUGGAGGAGAGCCUGUCGUUUGGCGUGCUGGGCGCCACGGGGCGGGGCAUCUCGGAGCACUACGGCAUGCCGGUCACCAGCAUUGACAUUAUCGUUGCUGCCAUGGGCACCUCGCUUGCUUCGGUCGGAGGGUUCUGCUGCGGCAGUGCCAAGGUGGUGGACCACCAGCGGCUGGGCGGCAUGGGGUACUGUUUCUCAGCGUCACUGCCGCCGUUCCUGGCGUCAGCAGCCAUGGCAGCGUUGGAUGAGAUGGAGGCACGCCCCACCGCACGCUCCCUCCUGCACUCCAAUGCCGCCGCCUUCCGAGAAGGCAUGGCAACCCACUGCCCUGAUCUGGAGGUGCAUGGUCAUGCUGUGUCGCCUGUGGUGCUGCUGCGGGUGCGCAAGGGAGCAGGCGCAGGGGGUGCGGUGCGGGAGGGGGAGGAUGAGCCUGCAGUGCUGCAGAGGAUAGUGGAUGAGAUGCGGGAGGGGGAGGAUGUGCUGGUGAGUGUUCCGCUGCGCUCUCCUCUGGACAUAAGCCCCUUGCCCGCGGGCAUCCGAGUGUGCAUCUCCGCAGGGCAUUCACAGGACGACAUGCUGCUGGCAGCUAAGGCCUUUGGCCGGGCAACUGCUCGUGUGCUCGGUUCAGAAGCCAGCAGAAGUUCCUGCGGCGGACUCAAAAAGGAGAGUGGCUUCAGAGGGGCCUGCGCGCGGGCCGGCGCGAAUGUGGACACGAGUGCGACGGCGACGGAGGAGAAAACGGGAGGUGCGGGCGCGGACACGGAGGAGGAGGAGGCAAGUGCCAGCGGGGCAGUGAAUGGCGAUGAGGCAGGGCAGCAGGCGAGCAGAACGGGCAAGGGAAAGCAGAAGGGGGAUGUGAAGGCGACUGAGAAGAGGAAAGGGAAGGGGAAGGGAGAGGCGGUGAAGCUGAUGCUGCACAACACGAUGAGUCGGAGCAAGGAGGAGUUUGUACCGCUGCGGGCUGGGCACGUGGGCAUGUAUGUGUGCGGUGUGACUGUAUACGAUUACAGUCACAUCGGACAUGCCCGCGUGUACGUCUCUUUCGACGUCCUCUACAGGUACUUGCAGCACAUGGGGUAUGACGUCACCUACGUGCGCAACUUCACUGAUGUUGACGACAAGAUCAUCAAGCGCGCGUUAGACCUGGGCGAGGAUCCGCUGCAUCUGAGCCGUCGGUUCAUCACGGAGUUCCAUGCGGACAUGCAUGCGCUGGGGUGCCUGCCCCCCACGCAUGAGCCCAAGGUGUCCGAGCACAUCCCCGACAUCAUCCACAUGAUCCAACAGAUAGUGGAUUCGGGUGCCGGUUAUGUUGUGGAUGGCGGGGAUGUCUUCUUCGAUGUGGACAAAGCGGAGGGGUAUGGCCAGCUGUCGGGGCGGCGGCAGGAGGAGAACCGGGCGGGCGAGCGGGUGGCAGUGGACGAGAGGAAGAGGAACCCGGCUGACUUCGCCCUCUGGAAGGUGGGUGAUGUGCUGCGUGCUGUUCUGCGUGCUGUUCUGCGUGCUGUUCUGCGUGCUGUUCUGUGUGCUGUUCUGCGUGCUGUUCUGCGUGCUGUUCUGCGUGCUGUUCUGCUUGCUGUUCUGCUUGCUGUUCUGCUUGCUAUCCUAUUUGCUGUGCUGGCUCAAGAUAGUGCCAAGCCGGGCGAGGUGUCAUGGGCCAGUCCGUGGGGUGCGGGGCGGCCGGGGUGGCACAUAGAGUGCAGCGCCAUGAGCAAGCGCUACCUGGGCUUCCGAUUCGACAUUCCACCCCUUUCCAACACCCCACUCCCACAUCCCAUCCUAUUCCCCUGCCCGCGCCGUCCCACCCUACCCCCCUGCCUCAACAUCACCCCUAGCCCUCGCACCCACACCACACCAUCCCCUCAUGCCCCUUCCGAACCUCCCUUCCUGCCUCUCCCCCCUCUUCUCCUCCAGAGUGCCAAGCUGGGCGAGGUGUCGUGGGCCAGUCCGUGGGGCGAGGGGCGGCCGGGGUGGCACAUAGAGUGCAGCGCCAUGAGCAAGCGCUACCUGGGCUUCCGAUUUGACAUCCACGGGGGUGGGCGCGACCUCAUCUUCCCGCACCAUGAGAACGAGCUCGCUCAGAGCAAAGCUGCGGCGGCUGCGGCUGCUGCGGCGACGGCGGCUGCUGCUGGUGAUGAUGCUGUUCAGGCACAGCAGCAUGUGCAUGAGCAGCAGCAGGAGGGGUGUUUGCACUGCGCAGGGGAGCAUGGCAGUGAGGAGGGGGAGGCGGCGUGUGGGGUGUCGGUGUGGCUUCACAACGGCUUUGUGAACGUGGACUCGGAGAAAAUGUCCAAGUCCCUUGGGAACUUCUUCACCAUCCGCGAGGUGCUGGAUCGUUUCCACGCGGUGGCAGUGCGGUGGUUCCUGCUGAGCACGCACUACCGCUCGCCCAUCAAUUACAGUGACCGCCAGCUCGACCGCGCCUCUGACCGCGUCUUCUACCUCUACCAGCUCUUGGCCGACUGUGAAGCCGCCAACAGCCAACAGCAGCAGCAGGUCUCGUCCAGUGCAGGCGCAUCCAAGCCUCCUGCGCCGGCCAAGGCAGCGGUAACAGCAGCAGCGCAGGUGUGGUUGGCGGCAGCAGCAGCGCUGGCGGACGAUCUACACACGGCGCAGGCAGUGGCGAGUCUCUCAGAGCCCCUCAAGCUCAUGGCGGACCUGCUGGGGGCCAAGAAGUACAAGAAGGAUCCCAGCAGGCUGCCAUCGCUCAUGGUGCUGCAGGAAUCGGUGCUCUCCGUGCUCGCCCUCCUCGGCCUCCCCACCACUGGAUUCUCCCCGCUGCUGGAGGAGCUGAAGCAGCUGGCGCUGAAACGGGCAGGGAUGAGCGCAGAGCAGGUGCAGGGGAUGUUGGAGCAGCGCGAUGAGGCGAGGAAGGCCAAGGACUUUGCGCAGUCGGAUGCGAUUCGCGAUGAGCUGGCCCUCGUGGGAAUCAUGCUCAUGGACACCCCUGCUGGCACCGCCUGGAGGCCUGCUGCCAUUUCCGUGCAGGAUGAUACGGAUGAAUCUGGCGGGCUGGUGUGA